AUGCUCCGGCUCAAUGGCACAGUCUUCAUGCCCUCGGUGCUGACACUGCUUGGGAUCCCAGGCUUGGAGUCUGUGCAGUUCUGGAUUGGGAUUCCUUUCUCUGCUAUGUAUAUCAUUGCUGUGUUUGGAAAUUCCCUGAUUCUGGUUAUCAUCAAAACUGAGUGCAGCCUGCAUGAGCCCAUGUAUCUCUUCCUGGCCAUGCUUGGAGCAACAGACAUUGCUCUCAGUACCUGCAUCCUACCCAAAAUGCUGGGAAUAUUUUGGUUUCACAUGCCACAGAUAUACUUUGAUGUCUGUCUCUUACAGAUGUGGUUUAUCCACACAUUCCAGGGUAUUGAAUCAGGUGUUUUGCUAGCCAUGGCAAUGGACCGCUAUGUGGCAAUUUGUGAUCCUCUGAGACAUGCCACCAUUUUUACCAACCAACUCGUCACUCAGAUUGGGGUUGCAGUGACACUCAGAUCAGCUCUCCUUGCAGUUCCAUGUCUUAUCCUUAUCAAAUGCCGAUUGAAAUUCUACUGGACCACCGUGGUCUCCCAUUCCUACUGUGAGCACAUGGCCAUUGUAAAGUUGGCAGCAGAAGAUAUUCGAGUCAACAAGAUCUAUGGUCUGUUUGUGGCUUUCAGUAUUCUUGGAAUCGAUAUCAUCUUCAUCACACUCUCCUACAUCCGAAUCUUCAUCACUGUCUUCAGUCUGCCCCAGAAGGAAGCAAGGCUGAAGGCCUUCAACACCUGCAUUGCCCACAUUUGCGUGUUCCUUGAGUUUUAUCUCCUGGCUUUCUUCUCCUUCUUUACCCACAGGUUUGGGUUCCAUAUCCCCUCCUACAUUCACAUUCUUCUGUCUAACCUUUACCUGCUGGUCCCACCUCUGCUCAAUCCUAUUGUUUAUGGGGUAAAAACCAAACAGAUUCGAGAUCGUGUUUCCAAGAUUUUUCAUUCUAAGGAUACUUCUUGA